CCGUUAUCAGAGACUUAUAUCGUCAUGGCCGAGGGUACCGGCGGCGACGGCCGGCGGAAGGACAGCGUGGUGCUCGUGGAACGCGACUCGAGCCUGUCAAAGAUUGACUCGGUGAGGAAGAGUUCUGCGAAGAGGCGAAUGUCCAUAGAGGCGCGCAUCUCGGAGAACAAGAUCAUAACCAUUGGCGACUACCACACGCCACUUCCCGAAGGCUGGUCCUACCGCGAGUCGACAAAUCACAAGGGAAAAUGGUACUACAUCUCUCCUGAAGGUCAGGCGCAGUGGAUACCACCGCUCGUGAAGACAGGCAAGUUGUACGAAUGGAAACUCCAUCUGUACAUCGAAUUCGGCCCGGGAAAGCUCGGCAUGAAUCUCAAGGCCGUCGACGCCCUUCCCGACACAUUAUGGACGCAAUUCCAGGUCGAGAUUCACACCCUUCGCAAACUCGGCAACGGCCACGCGUCGCCCGCGGAGCUGUACAACUGGAGCGUCAAACCCGAUCGUCGCAUCUACGCAGGGUUUCGCAUCGUCGAGAUCGCCGGCGCGUCCGUCGCGGGGUUCACGUACUCGGACGUGAUCGACAAGAUCAACAAGACGCCGCGGCCGGUGGUGAUCGGGUUCUGCGACUGCCAUCGCGGACUCGUGGGCGACCCCGACCAAGUGGACGACAUGGAUGACGACGAAGCCACCAAGUCCGUGUACCAGCAGCGCUUCAACACGAUCCAGUCCGACCACAUGAAGGCGAUGGUGCUCACGGAGCUGGACAAGGAGCUCUGGCUUGCGGACCUCAAGCGGCUCGCGGCGCUGGACGUGGAAUGUCGCGCCAAAUGCAAGCGACUGAGGCGCGAAAUGGCCCAAAUGAACGCGAAGAACGUCCAACUGGAGCAACUUCUCCAGCAACGCGUGGCGGAAAAGCGCAGGUGCAUCACGUUAGUCAGCAACUUGGACGUGCAACAGGGCCAAUCGAUCACGCACGUUGAAAUGCGUGGGCGUGAACUGGUCAAGAAACAACAAGCGUUGCGCAAGGCUAUUGCCGACACAAAGAAGGAGAAUGCUCGCCUUAUGGACCAGCAUGCCGCCGACACGAUCGCUCUGGACGCUCUAUAUGAGCAAUUGGACCGAGAUGACUGCAACAACGUGCUGUUGAUGACCAAAACGCAACUGUACGACGAAUAUGGGGUCAAACGCAGCCCUUUUACCCUGCAAGAUCUGCAUCUGCUGUGUUUUACACUGGAAGAAGCCGCGAUUGUGGAGGAGCAGGAGGUCCAGCGGGGGAUUUCAGAGGUGGCGCAGCUGCGGCGGCAUGUGGCGGCCAUGGAAACGGGCGGCGCAAGUCCAGCGAACGACGACGACAGUAGUAGUAGUACUAGUAGUAGUACGCGGGACCUGGAGAUGAAACUCGACUGGCUGCGAGACCAACUGCAAAAGACAGCGCAAACGAUCGCCAAAGCUGAGAAAAAGGGCAAAUCCAAAGCCGUGAAAGGCGGGUACCGUCGCCGCAAUCUGCUCAAGAUUGAGUACCAACUGGUGCAAGAUGAACUGCAGACCAAGCUGCAGCAUAUGGGGCCACAACCCACAUGUCCAGAAGAGCCGGCGCUGCUGGACCACCGCACAGACGAGAUGUAG